GCUGUGGACGAACUAUUGAUAAAAGUCUAUAAUCGAUAGGCCUAAUGACAGUAUCGAUACUAGGAAGUCGAACUGUCAAAUCGAAUCGAAGUCGAUUUAUUUUCUUUUGACGUCUUUAGUUAGAAUGUAGUGUCGUCGAAGUUUAGCGGUGUUUUGUUUUUAUUAUAUUUUAACAAUGUUUUUUGUUAAUAUAUUUAUUUUGCAAAGUUUAGUUGGACUCCUUUUAUGUUUAAUAUUUACAUUACCAAGAUUUUUGGUUUCUGCUUCAACAGUUCCAUUAGAAUACGGCGAGUUUAAGUUAUUUCAGACGCCGGUCACUUAUGAUUUGAAUACCUCUGUAUCAAUUAAUGAUGAAAACGAGGGCGGAAGAACAAUUGGCUACAGAAUUACGGCGCUCGUCGGUGUGGAGCCGAUAUGGAGUGACCAAAAAACCGACUUUCUGUUAAAGUUCCACCUGGAGUCUCCGCUGCUGUCCCUGACCGGGCCGGCGGGCUCAGCCGCCGCGCAGCCGCCCUGGCCGGGCCCGCAGACGCCGUUCUACGCGCGCCUGACACACGGCAUGGUUCAGGCCGCCUAUCUGGACGAGCGCGACCCUCUCGACCUCCUCAACUACAAGAAGUCCAUUGUCAGUCUGUUCCAGUUUCGAGCAAUCGAUGGUGAAAACAAGGAGACUGACGUCUCCGGCCUGUGUGAUGUGGUGUACCAGUCUGCCUCAUUUACUACUAUUCAUAAAAUAAAGACCCGGUGCUCGGAGGACGAGGGCGAGGACGAGCAGUGGUCGCGGCGCGCGUCGUACUCGCUGUCGCGGACACUGGCGGCGCUGGCGGGCGUCAGCGCGCGCGAGCGCGUGCGCGUGGGCGGAGCGCGCGCCGCGCUGGGCGCGCGCGCCGAGCACGCGCUGUCGCUGCGCGCGCGCGCGCCCGAGCGCGAGCGCGCGCUCGCCGCCGACCUCGAGCGCGCGCUGGCGGCGCUGCCCGCCCACCUCAAGCCUCUCCCGCUCACUCUGCACGAGGAACCGGAGCAGUGGGAGCGGGAGUGGGAGUGGGAGGAGGAGCUGGAGCCGGCGCUGGCGGAGCUGGUGUCGCUGGAAGGCGGGGGCGGGGAGGAGGCGGGCGCGGGCGGGGAGGAGCGCGACGCACGCGCGCUGCUGCGGGCGCUGAGCGCGCUGGCGGCGGCGGAGCGCGGCGCUGUGCUGCGGCUGCUGGAGCACCAGCGCUACCACCCCGUGCUGCCGGUGCUGUACCGGCUGGUGGGGCAGAGCGGGUCGGGCGCGGCUCUGGCGGCGGCCGUGGCGCGGCUGCAGGCGGCCGCGGCCGACCCGCCGCGCGCGCUGGCGCUGCAGCUGCUGGCGGGCGCGGCGCGCGCGCACCGGCCCGACGCGGCCGCGCGCGGCGCGCUGCUAGCGCUGGCCCGCGCCGCGCGCGCGCCGCUCGUGGCCGACGCGGCGCUGCUCGCCGCCGCCGCGCAGGCGCGCCGUCAGCCCGACGACGCGCGUCACGUCAAGGACCUCAUUACCAAGCAGCUGUCCAAGUGUGAGGAGGAGUCGUGUUACGUUGUGCGGCUGCACGCGCUGGCCAACCUGGCGGCGCGCUCGGGCGCGGACACGGCGCUGCAGUUCGCGGCCGGCGGCGCCCGUGCGGCCGCGCUCGCCGCGCUCGAUACGCUGCACGCGAUCGACUCGCUGGAGCCCAGACACAUCGCCGCAUUGCAGGAGAUAGCGGUGAGGGGCGGGCGCGCGCUGGAGGUGCGCGCGAGUGCGCUGGAGCUGGUGGUGCUGCGCGCGCCGGCGGCCGCGCUGCCGGCGCUGGCGGCGGAGCUGCGCCGCGCGCCGUCUGAGCUGCGCCGCGUGUUCUGGCAGCUGGCGGAGCGCCGCGCAGCCGGCUGCGACGACGCCCGCCGGCAGCUGCGGGCUGCGAGUCUGCUGGACCGCUCGUGGCACGCCCGGGCCAACUCAGGCAUGUCGUCGGUGUUGUCGCGCGCGACGGGCUGGCGGCUGGACGCGGGCGCGGCGGAGCUGCGCUCCACGCAGCUGGCGGCGGCGGGCGCGCUGCGCCGCGGCACCGUCGCGCUCGUCUCGCAGCCGCGCGGAGAAGAGUUACUGGCGGUGGAGGUGUGGACGCGCGGCUUGGAGUCUCUGGCGGGGGGCGCGGGGGGCGCGGGGGGCGCGGGACUGGACGAGGAGGAGGCGGGCGGGGAGGAGGCGGGCGGGGAGGAGGCGGGCGCGCGGGGCGGGCUGCGGCUGCGCGUGGCCGGCGUGCACCAGCCGGGGCUGCUGCUGUUCGACGGACAGGCGGAGCUGCUGGGCCACAUCUGGUCGGGCGCCGGCAGCGCGGCUACGGCCGUGCUGCGCGGGGAGCGCGUGCGGGGCAGAGGCGGGCGGGGGAGGGCCGCGGCGCUGGCGACCGGCGCCGUGUUGCGCGUCCGCGCCCUCUCCGUGCUCGCCUUCGCGGUCGACGCGCAGGCUCAAGUGUCGCUGUGGUCGCGCAGCGCGCGCGCCGCCCUGGAGCUGCGCGCGGCGGAGGUCGCGGACACGCGGCUAGCGCUGCGGGCGCCCGGCGGCGGGCGGCUGUGGCUGGCGGCGGACGCCGGCGCUGCGCCGCGCCUCACGCUGGACGCGCACAUGGACUUCUACGACGGCGUCGCGCUGUGCGUGCGCGCGGCGCUGCCGGCGCACAGCGCCGCCGGCAACGUCACGGCCGCCGGCGGCCGGACGCGGCUCCGGCGCCGGCACUCGCUGCCGGCGCCGGGCCGCACGCUGUCGCUGGGCGCAGACAACGACCGCGCCUGCCGGCAUAUCGCCGCCGAGGAUCAUCCCUGAUUCCCGCUCUAUUAUAUUAGAUUUGAUUUAAUUUUUGAAGUUGCAAAUUUUAUAUCGAGAUCGUAAAUCUUUUCUAUAUUUAUAAGAAAUAAAAAUGAUCUUUUUACGCAUUUCUUUAUCUGAAAUAUUCUAAAGUAUGUUUAUCUCACAUUUUUAUAUUUAAAGUUGUACUAUUUUAUUAUAAUAAUAAAUUAUAUUCAUAGGAUAUUAAAUAAAAUCAUUGGAUUAUGUAGAAAACGAUCAGAUGCUAGUUAAAUAACUAAAAUUUCAUAACAUCUAUGCUAGUCAAUUAUUAGUAAACAUUGUCACCCACAUUUAAAAAGUACAUGAUCUUGAGUACAUUCCACAACUGAGUUGUUCUAAGUGUAAUUUUAUUUUGAUAUACGAAAGCGUGUUACAAUACUAAAUAAUAUAUUUCAUACUAUUUA